CAUAGGUUCAGAAUCCCUUAUCUCCUGCGUCACUAAUGAGAUGCAGAUGCCUUGGGUUAUGCCCUUAUCUCUGAUGCCCGUAUGAUGCGGACAAACAUUAUCUUGUACGAUCAUAACAAUGGCGAGUACUAGUAAGUUUCAGGCAAUCAAAUUAACAGAAGAUGAUGUUCCUGGUGCAAAAUUGAUUUAUCCAGAGGUUGAAAAUCACUCUGUUGUACAAUUAAGAAGAUCGCUACUUUGCAGAGGAGUUAAAACAUCUGGAAAUAAGUGUGAUCUAGUGCAGAGAGUAAAAGACUGCAUUUCAUCUGGAAACACGGACAUACGUGUUAGUGUUGAUGCUGGAAAAUGGAUGGACAUGAAGGCAUCAGAUCUUAAAGCAUCAACUUCAGAUGAUGCAUCAUCAAGCAACCCAAAAAUUCCCCUAGUUUGUUGGAAAAUUUUCCCAUCUACAAACUUGCCACAAUAUUUCAAUGAAGGUCAUAUUCAUCAUUAUAUAAUUGAAAGUGUGCAGUAAGUAGACCAGCCUGGAAAUGAUU